AUGUUUUGGGGAACUGAAGAAGAGAAUAAUAUUAAUAAAAUAUUGGACAAAGAAAAUUUAGAUUUAUAUGAAAUACUAGGAGAUCCAUAUUGUAUUGAAGAAAUUCGCAUUUCCAAUUCAAGAUUAUUAGAAUUUUUUACAAGAAAUGAUAUAAUGAUAGCAAUGCUUGAUGAGAUACUUUUUACCACAUCUGAUGGUUCUGAAGAUGUUUCAAUGGAUAAACAAUAUUUUUAUGCACAAAAAGCUUUAAAUGCUUUUUCAGCUUUUAGUGAAAACGUUUUAUCAAAGUAUCUUGAUGAUGAAAAUAUUGCUGUAUCUGUGGCAGAGUAUCUUCUUAUUGAACAUGAAAAAAAGAAUUCUUUAACUAUAAGUUUUUAUGUAGCUAUAUUGGAUACAUUAUUUAGAAAUUGUCUUUCUACAAUGAUAGAAUUUAUCAAAUCGACACGUUUACUUGAAGGAUUAAUUAGAAAUAUUCAUUAUAGUUCUGUUGUUGAAUUUUUUAAUAAUAUAUUUGGUUAUGUUACUGUUACUAGUAAGAAUAUUGAACUUCAAGCAAUUUUGGAUGAUCAACAUAUUACAGAAAGACUUUUUGUCACAUUUACUAAACAAAAAGAUGCUUUAGUUUAUAAGAAUGUUGGACAAGUACUUAUUUCAUUUGCAGAACAACUUCAUGAAGUAUAUAGAUUGUCAGCAAAUGUCAAUGACGAUAUUUUAUUAAAGAAAAUAUAUGAAAAAAGUCAAUGGGGAAAGUUAUUAGAUAUAUUGACAAAUGUAAAUUUAUCUAACAUUGUAGUUUUACAUCCAAUAUGUGAAAUGUUAACAAGUCUUCUUGAUAUUUUUAUUGAUGAAAAAAAUCCAAGUCAACUUUAUAAUUAUAACUCUUGUAAAGACCAACAAGAUAUUAGUGGUGUAUAUGAUAUUUUUGAAUAUGAUAAACUUGAUGAUAUUAUAAGAAAUAAAGAUCAUGUAGGAGAAGCUUAUAAAUAUGAUGUUUGUCGAUAUAUUUCAACAUAUACAGGAAAAUUAUUUUUAAUAAUGAAAACAAUAAGAGAGAAGGAAAUUUCUUCAGGUGAUAGAAUAUGUACAGGAAUUAUGUCACUAUUGGCAGGAACUUUUAAUUCAAGUGAUCCAAUCGUUCAUGUAAAUGGUAUGAAUUGUCUUUGUGAUGAUGAUAUAGUUGGAGCUGUUUUUGAUUUCUUUCAUUCAUUACCAUCAUUAUCUCAUAUUCCAUUUUUACAAUGCGCUUUUAAAGCAUUUCUUAGAAAUAUUCUUUUUUAUGCUAAUGAAGAGGGGGAACCUGUCUUAAUAGAUCUUUUACUUAAUACUUUCACUUUGCCUGAUAUACUUUUAAAUGAAAUUGAAGAAGUUGAAAAAAAUGAGAAAACAGCUCAUAAUAUGUCUCUUGCGUUUUAUAUUAGUCUUUUAAAAAUAAUAUACGAUGGAUCUAAUUAUUCAAGUCGUAAGAGUGAAAUUGGAAAUAUUCUAGUUUCUAGAAAUAUUUAUUCUAAUAUAAGAGAGGUAUUCAAAAAAUAUCCACAGUAUAUUUUUCAAGAUUUUUUUAAUGAAUAUGACAGUGAUUAUGAGAAUUCAAUCCUUCAACCUAGAAAUAAUUUAGUUAAACCAAAAAGAAAAUUAACUCAUAGAUUUCCCAAUGGUGAAUCUUUUGUAACAACUGUGGAACGUUAG